AUGGUAUCCGGAUCUGAGAAGCGUCGAAGAAGACGCGACGCCGCAGCGGCAGCCGCAUCUUCCCAGCCUGAUCUCGAGCCCGCCACACAAGAACCCGCUGAGUGGCGGCACAUGCACUUCAACGGGCAAGACGUCGAUAUACCAUUUAGGACUUUCGCCGAAGGCCCGCCCGCCGCGUUACCUGUCGACUCGCAGGUGUACAGAACGCGAGGGACGGUCGUUGAGCAGGCUGUGAUCACUAUGAUGCAGGAGUGUGGGGAUGAGCUGUGGAAGGAUUGGGCGGUUGCGAAGGCGCGUGUUGGGGUGGGGAAGGCUGGGAAGACGUUGGAGGCGUUCACGCGUAAGAACACUAAGCUCAUCCCGCUCGAUCCCUGGGACCACACCCCAGCCCACUCCCCAAUCUUCGCGACCGGCUCCUCCGACCCGCUCACCAUGGACCUGAUAUACGUCGUCAGCGGCGCGGAGCCCACGUCCACACCAGCGCGGCUUAUAGUCAAUCCCGAGCGGAAUAUGGCGAUGCAUGUGGCCCAGAAGGACUGGGUGUUUCGGAAGGGGGAGUGGAUUGUGUGGGGGAUGCCGCCGACGCCGGGGGAGGGGAGGGAGCUGGAGAGAUGGGAGACGGUGGGUGGGGUUACGGCUAGGUAUGAGGCGCCGUUUGUGAGGGAGACGCGUGUGCUUUAG